AUGUCAUCCCAGUAUUUCUAUUACAAUGCGCAGACUCCUGCCGCCAAUGGGAACACCGGUGCCUACGGCGUGGCACCCGAGCAAAUCCCCAGCUUCGACUAUCCGCCUCUACAACACCUCGCCGGUACCGAGCCAUCAGCACGCCCAGAUAGAACUGAAAACAAUGAAGCGCUACUCAUGAACACACGACGGGUGAGCUGCCCGCCAAAGUUUGGCCAUAUGGUGACUGACAACUGGUGCCAGACAUUGCUUCCGGACGACAUCUUUCCAGUUGUGCCAGGCUUCGAGAUGAUGCCCUCGACGACGCUUGAUGGCGCGCGAGGGUACCAAUCAACCUUGGGGCCCGGCUUCUCACGGGAGGUCGCUCGUUGGCACACUGUUAUAGCUGACGGUGACGAGACUAAUCAACCCUCGGAGCCUGAUCUAUUUGCUCAUAUUGAUCUACACAUACUCGAUCUCGUCGCGAUGGGGUCUGGACAUGGAGAUCUCGAAGAGCUAUGUUCGCACUACACACCAGUAGGUGUGUCAAGCGUACCGAUGCCUGGCCUACGACCCGUAGGGCAGUACAUCAAUAUCACUCAAAACAUCGUGGCCAGCGGAAGCAGAGAUGCCACAGAGGCUCCCCAGGAUGGCGUACUUCCCACCGCCGGGACCUCCGACGCUCCCGCCUACAUAUUCAAGCGGCGACGAUCAUCUACAAAGGCCGACAGGAAGUCGACAUCGCGGCGUACACGCGCACCAGCAAUUAUAGCCACCACUCCAGACCGCACAGCCCAAGGGCCAAUCCGGUGCAAGAUCUGCAAGAAGAAGUUUGCACAUAGACAAAACCUCAACCGGCAUGUACGGACCACGCACCUGGGCGGGUGCAAAUGGGACUGUGUCAUAUGCGGCACCAAAAUAUCAAGACAUGAUGCCUUGAGGCGCCAUCUUGAUAACAUCCACAAGUUAUCGGGUUUGGAGGCGCAGCAAAUUAUCACAUUUGUUGGAGAGAAGAUGUACGCUGCCAUGUGA